AUACGACCUUCCUCAUCCAUCCUUUGUCAUUGAUCAACUCUCUUGUUUUUGAGAUAUCCCUCCUGUCAGAGCUAUGCAGCAACAACAAAAUCACUACAAUCAUUUCGAUCACAACCAAUAUCGUCGAUCAUCACUCGCGCAUCCGCCUUAUUACCAACACCAACACCAACAUCAACACCAACAACCGCCACCCGAAUACUCUUACGCACCUUAUCAUGGACCCACACAUGCUCAUAAUAGUAUACCCUUCACCUCUCAAUCCUCCUCCAAUUCGUUAGUUCAAUCGCGUCAAUUUCAGCAACAGCAACAGCAACAGCAACAGCAACAGCAGCAACAACAACAACAACAACAGCAACAGCAGCAACAGCAGCAACAACGACAACCGAUCCAGGAUAACAGCCAGCCACAACAGUCAUACCAUUCUCAUGACUCAAUAGCAACACCAGUAUCCACUGCAUCAGCUCCUUAUCAACAUUACAAUCACUAUAAUACCUAUCGACCUGGCUCUCCAAGUGAGAUGCAAUUCCAACGACAACAGUAUCAACAGCAUCAGCAGGUGCUUCGACAACAGCAUCAACAGUACCAACACCAGCAACAGCACCAGCAGCCAGGUCAUGCAAGGUCCGCUUCCACUGGUGCAUUACCCGCACUCAACUCACUCAAGGAUUGGUUUGAUGCGGUCGACACGGAUCAUAACGGAAGCUUGUCCUGUGAAGAGCUACAGCGGGCGUUAAUGAAUGGUGAUGGCUGGACCCCUUUCAAUGUCGAGACGGUUCGGAUGAUGAUGAAUAUGUUUGAUCGCGAUGGCAAUGGAUCGAUCGAAUUCAACGAGUUUAUUGGGCUCUGGAAUUAUAUUGAGAAAUGGAAGACAUGUUUCCAAACGUAUGAUCUGGAUGGGUCAGGGACAAUUGAUGCCAUGGAACUACGGAAGGCUUUACGAGGAUUUGGAUAUAAUCUGAGUGAGGCCAUGAUUCAGCUAAUCAUGACCAAAUACGAUGUUCGUGGUCGUGGAGACAUCAGCUUUGACAACUUUGUGCAGUCGUGUGUCACCAUCCAAACAUUAACGGAUGCGUUCCGUAGAAUCGAUGUGACCGGCACGGGCGUUGUCACCAUGACUUAUGAACAGUUUCUUGGGCUCGUGAUCAAUAAUCGUUAGGAUCCUCAAAAAAAGGGACGGGAGAGAGCAUAGAUCAAAAAGAGGGAAGAACCCAUAUUCCCUAAUGCACAUGUAUGGAAUUGUCCAUUGUACAUAUUCAAAGCAAGCAAACACGUCGCACUCCUCGCUUUAUUGGAU